AUGGCGUCCGAGAAGAUACGACAAUGCGACGAGGACUGUUCCGAUGAACCGGUUCAGUUGGACACUAUACUGAGUCAGCUGGGAGGGUUCGGCAGGCACCAGCUCCUCACCCUGUGUAUGCUGGCUCUCGUGUACUCGACCAACUCCAUGUAUAUCGUGAACUACGUGUUCGCGGUCGAAGAUGUUAGUUACAGGUGUAAGGUACCCGAGUGUGAGAGCGGCACCAGUUUCUCCGUCCCCUGGCUGAAUGCUUCUAGUUUUGACUCGUACGAGGGAAGUGUGAAGCAGUGUCACCGCAGUCCACCUCUCAACGGACGAUGUACACACUUCAAUCAAACUGAACUGAUGAGAUGUGAUGAAUGGGUGUACGAGGUUCCUGACAGCUUCGUGGCCGAAUUCGGUUUAGCCUGCGAGGACUGGAAGCCCCCUCUGGUGGGGACCGUACAUAGUCUCGGAUGUCUCAUAGGACAAAUAAUACAAGGACAGAUAUCAGACAGGUUCGGUCGUAAGACAGCUGCUGUAUUCGCGGGUACGAUGGGGGCUGUACUCGGUCUAUCCAAGAGUUUCGCCUCGUCUUUCUGGGUGUACCUGGCGCUGGAAGGCCUGGAGGCUGCUAUAGGAGAUGCCUUGUCUCCUAUGUUCAUGUUAAGUAUCGAGAUCGUAGAUAAGAAGCGUGCUGUGUUAUAUCAGAUGAUAUUACUGAACUUCUACACCAUCGGUCAAAUUGUUAUGUCAUUCAUCGCCUGGGCGGUGCCUUACUGGAGGAACUUCCUCCGUGUGAUCUACGCGCCGACUCUCAUCAUCAUCACAUACUCGUUCCUUUUGGAUGAGAGUAUUCGAUGGCUUUUUAGUAAAGGACAGAAAGAGAGAGCCAUCCGAUUGAUAGAAAAAAUAGCAAAAAGAAACAAUGUACACAUUGACCGUCAUAUGAUUAAUAAACUUGAAUAUACUGAUGAAAAAACUUCGAGUAAAACAGACAGGAAGUUGCUGUUGAAGACGUUUAAAUCACAGAUAAUGAUGCGAAGGUUCCUGGUGUGUCUCGUGUGGUGGUUCACGAUCACUCUCAUCAACUACGGGAUGAUGAUCAGCUCGGUCCUCAUCAGCGGCAACAAGUACUUGAACUUCGCUCUCCUCAUUAUGAUGGACAUUCCCUCCAAUAUCUUCUAUUGGUUAGCGUUGUCAAAGUAUAAAAGAAAGAUCCCGCUGAUGGGGUCGUUCGUCAUGGGUGGGAUUUUUUGUAUCACCCAACCUUUUGUUCCCAAAGGUCUGGCGUGGAUGGGUUUGGCUCUUUUCAUGUUAUUCGAGAUGCUGGCCACCUUCUCAUACAACAUCGUGUACAUGUACACGUCCGAGCUCUUCCCGACUUACACCAGGAACUCCAUGCACUCCAUAUGCUCCGCUAUAGGACGAGUAGGAUCCCUGAUAGCUCCUCAGACACCCCUACUGAUGGCCUACUGGUCAGGUUUACCCGCGCUUCUGUUCGGUCUAUCGUCCUUAGUUUCUGGAGCCCUGACUAUCUUCAUGCCGGAGACGGCCCGCACUCAGCUCCCUGACACAGUGAGAGAAGCAGAAGCUCUCGGACGGAAAACAAAAAAGAAAAGAUCACAGAUACACCUCGACCAGACGGAACAAAUGCUGAAAGCUUCAUAA